ACCAGAAUUGCCUGAAUCACUCCAGUUACUGCCACUUGUUUCCUCGGGGCGACACCCUGCUGACCCUCCCGGCCCACCCUCGGCCCACCCUCGGCCCACCCUCGGCCCACCACACACACUACCGGCCUCAGUGGAGCGUGUACUGGUAAAGUAAUGUCUGGGAAGGUGAAGCAGCGCAGUGCAGCCAAUACUGCCGAGGCAGCUACGGUUACGGUGAAUGAGAAGAUUCUGAAGGAGUGCCAUGACCUCUACACUGAUCCUGAUAAUGGUCUGGUUGCUAUUGGUACAAGCCUUGGUCUCAAACUACUACCGCCAAGAAAAAAGAUUAAUGUGAUGUUAAUGGGCAAUCACUCUGCUGGCAAGAGCUCAUUUGUCAACUGGUACAUUGAGGAGCAUGUUCAAAGGACAGGUGUGGCCAUCGAGACACAGGGGUUCACCUUCAUCACAAGUGGCCGCAAGCGAGAGUCUCUUAUGGGCAAUGCUACCCUUCAUCUCUAUCCCCACUUCAAAGCUCUACAAGAAAUUGAUGGAGUGGUGGAUUACUUGAACACUGAGAUAAGCACUUCGAAGCAGAAGAAAUUCAGCUUAGUGACAUUUAUUGACACGCCUGGCCUUGUUGAUGGUGACAUGAAGUACCCGUUUGAUGUCAACCACUCAAUGCUAUGGCUGGGGGAUUUGUGUGAUUUGAUUUUUGUCUUCUUUGAUCCAAUUGGGCAAGCAUUAUGUAAACGAACUCUGAACAUUGUUGAGCAACUAAAUGAAACCCACUCGGACAGAAUCCGCUUUUACUUAUCCAAGGCUGAUGAAGCAGGCCAUGAAAGUGAUAGACAGAGGGUGAUGAUGCAAAUUGUACAGGAACUGUGCAAACGGCCAGGGCUGAACAAGACGGGCUUUGACAUGCCUACUAUUUACAUCCCAAAUCCAAAUAAAGCCACUCGGUGCGUGAACCAGAUUGACGAGGUGUGUAAGGAUAUAGAGAAGACUAUCAAUCAAACUAUUCAGAACACAUUAAACCAGUUGGAACGGGACUGUGAGAAAAUUUCCUCUCUUGUUGACAAUGCAAUCGAAGCCGAUAACAGAGCUAGAGCAUACAAUUUCCAUGCUAAGAUGAAAGGAUUGGCUCUAUCAACAUUUGGAUUUUUCCUUCCUGUAGCAUUAGUAAUGCAAGUGCUAGUGUCAACAGCUCCCCGGGAACUUCUAAACAAUCUGGCUGGAGAAGAACUCGCUGAUGCAAUUUCUUCUUUCCUGGCUCCAACUACUGCCAUUUGGGAGAGCAUUGAUGAUGACAACCAGAUGGUGAUCUUGGCUGUGGUGCUGGUGCUGUCGGGAUUCUGUCUCAUAAUCUCCCGCAUCAUAAAUCAAGCCAAGCCAACACUCCAACGUCGCUCCAAGAAAUUACUUAAUGAGAAGCGGGAGUAUGUCAACGGCCACGUGAAGGCUCAAAAGCAAAAACUUUAUUCUGAAUACCUGCAGCAGAGUGUAUCUGAUCAUGAUUUAUAAGUCAGUGGUUAGAGGACCUUAAUAUAUGCUUUUAAAUUAUCAAUCUCGAAUUAAAAUAGCUGUUUUCUAGUACAAAACAAAAUGUAUGUUCACUUGGUGCCUAAAUCUUCUUACAGUAAUCCAGAUAAAAAACAGUAUUUUUGUAAAGCCAGUAACUUGCAUGAUAGUACUUUAGUUAGCCAAAUGUUGUUCCAUAUAUGAAUUAUAUUAUUAAGAAGUUUGAUAUUUUGAAAGUCCUCAGAAAACAUACAUGGUUUUUUAUCCUACAUUUAAGAAUUUGAAAAGUUAUAUAUGUGAAAACUCACCAACAUGGUGGGGUUUCCAAACCCCUGACCAGCUCCACUGCUUGGCAAUUCCAGCCUCAACCUGAGAACUCAUUCUUGCACAGAUCCUGAACGUGAGGUUGUGAGGGUGGUGUUUUAGGUAAAGCAUUCCUAGGCAAUAUGCAGCAUGGUUGGGUUGAAAUGCACUUGGUGCUACUGAAUGCUUACACCCACAUGUAAUUUGUAUCCUGUACAAUGUUUAUAACUGUUUUGUUUGAUUAUAUAUGUAGAAUUGAUCAUAUAUGUUGAAAUGUUUGUUUAUAUUUAGUGUUUUUAUAGGCACCUGUUAUUUCAAUAACUAUAGCAUAUUUAUUUUCUUAAUACUGUAUUAACCAAAGAAAAAUGCCCUACAGACAAUGCCAGUGCUAAUGUUGCUAAACCCUGUAUGAAAGCUUUAAAUUUGCAUCUGUUAUGGAUUACACAUGAGAAUUUGGCAUUAUUAGCAGGAAUUUCACUAUUACUACAGUAUUGCAUGAAAGGUAUGAACAUUAAUACCAGCAGCAAUACUCACUUGAGAGGGAUAUUUUUGUAUGUGCGCAUAUGGAACACUAAUGAUAUUGCAGACUGUAAUAAGUUUAAUAUAAUAAAAAGAGGACUUUGUA